UCUGUAAGGCGGCCAAAGCGGACCUGGUCUUCCUGGUGGACGGCUCCUGGAGUAUCGGUGACGAGAACUUCCUGAAGAUCAUCCGCUUCCUGUACAGCACCACCGGAGCUCUGGACCGGAUCGGCCCGGACGGCACGCAGGUGGCCAUCGCCCAGUUCAGUGACGACGCCCGGACCGAGUUCAAGCUGAACUCGUACAGCGACAAGGAGCGACUGCUGGACGCCAUCAACAAGAUCGCCUACAAGGGAGGGAACACCAAGACGGGUCGAGCCAUCCAGCACGUGAAGGAGAACAUCUUCACGGCAGAGGGAGGAGUCAGGAGGGGGAUCCCCAACGUCCUGGUGGUGCUCACCGACGGCCGAUCGCAGGACGACGUCAACAAGGUGUCCAAGGAGAUGCAGAUGGAAGGGUACAUCGUGUUCGCCAUCGGCUUCGCUGACGCUGACUACGGGGAGCUGGUGAGCAUCGCCAGCAAACCCAGCGACAGACACGUGUUCUUCGUGGACGACCUGGACGCCUUCACGAAGAUCGAGGAGAAGCUGGUGACCUUUGUGUGCGAGGCCGCCACCGCCACUUGUCCGUCCGUACCGAUGAGCGGCAGCACAACACCAGGUUUCCGUAUGAUGGAGCUGUUCGGUCUGGUGGAGAACCGGUACGGCAGCGUCUCCGGUGUUUCCAUGGUACCCGGCACCUUCAACACCUUCCCCUGCUUCCACCUGCACAGCGACGCUUUCCUGGCACAGCCGACCAGGUACAUCCAUCCUGAAGGGCUGCCCUCCGACUACACCAUCACGCUGCUGUUCAGACUGCUGCCCGACACGCCGGAGGAGCCCUUCGCCCUCUGGGAGGUCCUGGACAAGAACAACGAGCCGCUGGUGGGAGUCAUCCUGGACAACGGAGGAAAGACUCUGACGUUCUUCAACAACGACUACAAAGGAGAGUUCCAGACGGUGACCUUCGAAGGGCCAGAGAUCAAAAAGCUCUUCUACGGCAGCUUCCAUAAG